CGGCCUCUGCACAGGGGAUCUGGCUGCAGUAUCACAGCAUAGCCAGCGCUUGAGAGAUUUAAAGUCCCAGCUCCUGGAGUCAGGGAUAAUGACACUCAGCCACCUCUGUGAUGGGCUUGACGAUUUAUGGCUUGGAAGCACUGCAUAGGUGGCAAGGAAUUCUUCUAACACGCACUGGCACAAUCCCCCACAGACAGCAGGCAGAGGUUCGGGCCACGGUGCUGAGUUCGAGCGCUGCUGCUAACUCAUGGAGGCGAUCACCAUGAAUACAGCUGUGGAUGCACACCAGAGCAUGAGGAAAACACCUGCUGGCCAGUCGCCGGGGAAACCGUCACGAGGUAGAGUCCGGAGUCGCUGUGGCUAGGAGCGAGCAGCCCGUGGUGCGCCAGGGCCGCUCAGUGUCCACAUCAGCGCCGGCUUCCUGGGGCACGUCUCCCGGGCCGGCUCAGUCCCAGCAGGCGCCGAGUCUGAGCUUUGAACUCUCCUCUGCCUGCCCAGCUGAUAAAGCAGCGGCUGGGAGCGCGCGGCGGAGUUGCCGACGGACAGGCAGGAGCGUGGCCGGGGGACCAGGACACCGUGGCCGAUGGAGCCCCGGCUCAGCGGAGUGGACACUGCGCUGGGCGAGGCGGCAGAGCCCUGCCUGGCUGACCCUGCCGCCAGCUCUGGGAAACUCAAGAGCAAGAAGAAGAUGCUGGAGCCGAAGAAGUGGCAGAGCCUGGAGGAGACAGGGAGCGAUGCCCCCCAGCCAAGGAGGCAUCCCAGCCUCUCCAGGAGUGAUGCCAUGAGCAAUGGGCCCAUCACCCGCUGGCCCCCUCUCGCCCCGCAGGUGGUGAUCCCCGUCUCCUCCAUCGCCAUCCUCAAGAAGGCCAACACGGCGCUGCUGGUGCCCAACGCCCUCAGCAUUCGGACCGCGGAGGGCGAGAAGUUUCUCUUUGUCUCAAUGAGGACUCGGGAGGCCACGUACCAGCUGCUGCGAUCGGUCUGCAAACACCUGCAGGACAGGAGCACCAGCAGCAGCCCCCCGGCCUCGCCCGCCAACACCAUCUCCGAGCUCUGCAAAAAGUCUCUGACCUCGAGCCAGUCGGACCUGGAGCUGAACCCCCCCGAGUCUGAUGGCCUCCUGGACCAGCAAGACGGGCUGGGCCCAAAGCAGAGCAGAGAGGAUGAGGGCGAGGCGACAGCAGCGCUGAGCAAAGGGGGUGUGUGGCCAGGCAGGCAGACGAAGAAGAAGCCCAGGGGCUGGUGGGCACAACUGAGCACCCUCAACGUCGUCAUCCUCAUCUACCUGCUGCUGGUGGUGGUGCUGCUGCUGUCCUCGGGGUACAUCGGCCUGAGGAUCGUGGCACUGGAGCAGCAGCUGAUGUCAAUGGGGGCUUGGCCGGAGCCUGACCUACACCAAUACAAGACGACCUGAAAGCAGGGCGGAGUCAGGCUGCACUCAGCACCGGAGCCUCAUGCCCGAAGGCCCAGGCUUGCUGCUGGCAGAUGCUGCCCCUGCCAAACGGACUGGAAUCCCGUGGCCACUCCUCAGCUCUCCCCCUCGUCCUGAGCCGCGUCUUGCCCUCAGCAGAGCUGGGGCUGAUUUUUAAGGCGACCAGGGGAGGGAAACAAAGCGACAAGACCUGGCCCAGGACCAGCUCCUGGCUGAUGAAAUGCAGACAGAGCAGUGCUGGUGCCGAUGCAGGGGUCAAGCUGAACUUCUCCUUCUGAGCGGUUGGGCACUUAAACCGUGUGCCUUAAAGAGCCCCUGUGCUGCGUGUUAAUAGCGCACCAGCUUUCCCUUGGUGACCUGCAGAAGACCCGAUGCAGCUGGCCUGUUGCUCUCAGGAUUCCUGCUCAGCCGCAGGGUUUGCAACCUCAGCUGUAAUGGACGCAGGGCCUGACCGCACUGAGCAAGCAACUUUUACGCAAACUUCAGCUGAGGCAGCAAAACCUGGAUGGGCUCAUUCCAGAUGCCGUGUCCUUGUGCCAAGGAAAUGAACGUUUUCACCUUCCGCCCUCGGCCACUGGAGACCGUGAGACUAUUCAGCCGGGCCGGGCGGGGAGCAUCGCUGCCUCACUCUCACAGCAGCUGUGCAGUGGGAGCUGGCCUCCCGGGCCCAGACGCAAGGCACAAGCCUCCUGCUGACCUCCCCCGGGUGUUUCACUCCUCCAGCACUGAGCAUCACCCCCUGCUGCUGUCUGAGCCCUCCUGGGGGGAGAUGUGCUGCCUGGGCUCCAGCGGGGCUCCCUGCGGGCACGAGCUGCUGUGGGAGGCAGCUGCUGUCAGCCUCCCGGGGUGCCAGCCAGGCCUGGAAUGCACCUCUGCCCACCCGUGGGAGAUGGGGUUGCUAGGUCCCCUAGGGGUUUGCGGGUCCCCUAGCACCGCUGGUCGCACUGCUGGGAGGACUGUGGUAGAGCUUGGGCUGCGGGUUCUGGUCAGUUACAGGCAGGGGGCUGGGGCAGAGCACUGAACCGGUGGGUACAGCCCCUGGCCCGUUCCUCGAGGAACCAAGCCCAGUGCCCCGGUGCCCAGAUGGCACAUAGAGCAGAACAAGGGCCCAGACCAACGCGCUGGCGCCAACCGCCCCAGGCUGGGAUGAGCCUCCAGCUUGGCCUCAGGCCCUGUGCUCCAUGGGCCAGACGAGCCGGCCCCUCCCCUGCUCUCCAUUCAGCUGGUGCUGCAGGCCAGCGCUCAAAUGGUGCCAGGGGAGAGGCUGGGGCAGCACCGCAGGGCCGUGCCCCAGGCUGGGCAAUGCCAGACGCUCACCUGUGUCAUCCCCCCCAGGGCCAUGAG